UUUGACACCUUUACACUACAUCUUUUGAGUAUGGGCUUCUUUUGCAGUCAAGCAGACUCCUCAUUGUUUGUCUCGCAUAAUCCUCAAGGAACAGCCUUGCUACUUCUAUAUGUUGAUGACAUUGUGCUCACGGCAAGCUCGGAUGAACUACUACAGCGUAUUAUUGACAAUCUUAGCCAUAAAUUUGCUAUCAAGGAUCUUGGCACUCUUCGAUAUUUCUUGGGUAUUGAAGUCACUAGCUUUCCUGGAGGAAUUUUUCUUUCUCAAGCUAAAUAUGCUCGUGACAUUCUUACUCGUGCUUUGAUGCUAGAAGCCUCUACUAUUUCUACUCCAUUAGCCAUAAAGGAUCCUGUUACACUACGCGAUAAUGAGUUAGUUGAUGAACAUGAAUACAGAAAGAUUGUGGGAGCCCUCCAAUAUCUCACCAUCACUAGAAUUGAUCUUUCCCAUGCAGUAAAUAAGGUGUGCCAAUUCAUGCAAACUCCUACUCUUGCACACUUACGCCAAGUUAAAAGGAUCCUACGAUAUGUUAAAGGAUCUCUUCCUUAUGGACUUCGUUUCUCCACAUGUAGUACCUUGUCCUUGACAGGAUUCUGUGAUGCCGAUUGGGCAGGAUGUGCUACUACAAGAAGAAGUACCACAGGCUAUUGCAUUUUCCUUGGAGCUAACUGUAUUUCAUGGGCCUCCAAAAAGCAACCAACUAUAGCGCAUAGUACUGCUGAAGCUAAAUAUCGUGCACUAGCAUCGACAACAGCUGAACUAGUUUAGAUUACCUAUCUACUUCGGGAUAUUGGGGUGUCUUUACAUUCACCUCUUCAGUUGUUCUCUGACAACAUAAGUGCAUUGCAUAUGUCCAUCAAUCCUGUGUUUCAUGCCCGAACCAAGCACAUUGAGUU